AUGCGAUUCCAAAAGGCCCUACUACCCGCUAUACUUGCUGGCGGCUUCGCGGCGGAAGCGGCGGCGCUGAAUAUCCCUCUUCACAAGAAGCAGUCUGAUGUCAACAGAGCCGAUGCUAUUAAAGAGGCAUUCACACACUCAUGGGAGGGAUACGUGAAGUAUGCUUAUGGAAAGGAUGAGCUUCGGCCUGUGUCAAACACAGGGUCCAAUUCUAGAAAUGGUUGGGGGGCUUCGGUGGUUGACGCUUUGACCACGGCGAUCAUGAUGGGGAUGGAUGAUGUUGUUUUGCAGCAGUUGGAGUUUAUCGCAGUGAUUGAUUUUACAACUACUUCCAGUACUGUCAGUUUGUUUGAGACCACGAUCCGCUACCUUGGUGGCUUGAUCUCUGGAUAUGAUCUCCUCACCGGCCCCUAUGCUGGACUGCUGGCAACUAAUUUGUAUAAUGCUGCGCUUGUCGAAAAUCUCCUUACCCAAGCCGUAACUCUCGCAGACCGUAUGUCCUUCGCCUUUAACACCGCCAGUGGUGUCCCUGCCAACAAUAUCAACUUUUCCACCAACAGCUCCACGGACACCACCAACGGGAUUGCUACAAUUGGCACCCUUGUCCUCGAAUGGACGCGUCUCUCUGAUCUCACUGGGGACCCUAAGUACGCUGCGCUCGCACAGAAAGGAGAAUCCUACCUCCUCAACCCCAAACCCGCCUCGUCCGAGCCCUUCCCCGGCCUCAUUGGCUCAAACGUCAACAUAACCAACGGCCAAUUUCUUGACGCCUCCGGUGGCUGGUCAGGCGGCACAGACAGUUUUUAUGAAUAUCUCAUAAAGAUGUAUGUCUACGACCCCACCCGCUUCAGCACCUACAAAGACCGAUGGAUUUUGGCUGCUAAGAGCACAAUGACUUACCUGCAAUCGCACCCAACCACCCGUCCAGACAUCACCUUCGUUGCCGAGUACAAUGGGCAAUCAUUGUCGCUGAACGAAGGUCAUCUCACAUGCUUCAUUGGUGGAAACUUCAUCCUCGGCGGACAGACCCUAGGGGUUGAGGAUUUCACGCAAUUCGGACUGAACCUCACAUCCGGUUGUCACGACACCUAUAAUGCCACAGUGACUAAAAUAGGCCCAGAGCGCUUCUCGUGGAACCCGAAUAACGUACCGGCGACUCAGUUACUUUUCUUCCAGCAGAACGGUUUUUAUGUGACUGGCAGCGACUACAUCCUCCGCCCCGAGGUCAUCGAGAGCUAUUACCAUGCAUAUGUGAACACGAAAGAUGAGAAGUACAGGGAGUGGGCGUGGGCAGCGUUCCAGGGAAUCAACAAGUAUUGCAGAACCGAUACUGGAUACUCAUCAAUCACUAACGUCAACGCCGUGGGUGGUGGCUCGAAGAGCGAUGUUCAGGAGAGCUUUUGGUUUGCGGAGGUGCUCAAGUACCUCUACCUGAUCUUCGACGACAGCAAAGAAGGUGGCUUCGUGCAAGGAACUCAAGAGUGGGUAUUCAACACAGAGGCACAUCCGUUCAAGGUUGCGGCGAAGUAG